AUGUCUGUCCCAGCUACCCAGAUCGCAGCUGUGAUCCCCGCAUCUGGGGGAAAAGCUGUUUCGGAUGUGCAAAUCAGCAACACGCAUUCAGUUCCAACCCCGGGAGCUGGAGAAGUCCUGAUAAAAUUGGACUUCUCGGGGGUUUGCCAUUCCGAUGUCCACAGCAUUCGAGGCGACACACCUAUGAAGACCGAUGUGGCAGGUCAUGAAGGAGUGGGAAGGGUGGUAGCAGGUGAGAACUCGCAUUGCAUUGCCCUGUUUGACUUUGGGGGUGGCCUCGAUGAGACUCAAUGGAUGGGUCAAGUAGUGGGGGUAAGAUGGUUGUACAGCUCUUGUUUGCAGUGCGAAGUCUGCGAGGUCAACCAUACGGCAUGCCCUAAGCAAAGGAACGCCGGCGCGAAUGUUCCGGGCACUUUUCAACAAUACAUUGUUAGUCCCGCGAUCCAUGCCACGAAGAUUCCACCUGGACUUUCUCCUGAUUUAGCGGCACCUCUUCUCUGUGCUGGCAUCGCUAUGUACUCUUCGAUCAAGAAAGCCAAGGCCCGGCAGGGUAACUGGCUUGCUAUAAUUGGUGCCGGUGGAGGCUUGGGACAUAUGGGUAUUCAAAUUGCAGCCAAACAAGGACUAAAAGUCCUUGCAAUCGAUACGGGUGACAAAAAGAAAGAACUGUGUUUUUCACUCGGGGCCACCGAAUUUCUAGACUUCCGCAAAGUGGAUAUAGUCGAAGGCGCCAAAUCAAUCACAUCAGGCCUGGGUGUCCAUGCUGUGAUUUGUACCGCCAAUGGGGAGGCAGCUUACCAACAAAGCAUGCAAAUGCUUCGGCCACUGGGUACUCUGGUCUGCGUUGGGAUUCCGCAUGUUUCAUUCCGGCUCCCAGCUACUCCUUUUGAAAUGAUAGUCAAAGGCGAGUCAUGGAAAAUGCAUGAUUUGUACUUUAUAAACAGGUUCACUAACGAGCUCUUGCUGAAUACUACAGGCCUCACGAUUGUCGGCAACUCCGCGGGGACAUCUGAGGAAAUGAAUGAACUUUUGGCUAUGGCGGUCAAAGGUGAUGUGCAGGCGCAUAUUGAAUUGUUCGAGCUACAGGAGAUUGUCGAUGUUUUGCAGCGACUUGAACGGUCUGAGAUUGAGGGGAGAGCCGUCUUGAGAAUUCCUUGA